AAAAUAUUAUAAAAAUAAUGGAACAAAGAGAUGGAUAAUCAAUUGGUUAAACAAAUGGUUUGGUAUUAGCUACAUUGCCAGGAGAGAGUGAAUAAAAUAAUUUACUUAAUAAGAUAAGUGAAUAAAGUAGUCCAAUGAAAACAGAUCAUUAAAUAAAAUAGAGCAAAGAGUUGUAUACAUAAGAGGAGAUGAAAAACUUUACAAAGAGAGGAAUAAUUUCAUUGAUAGGUGGUGUAAUUUUACAUUUAGAAUUGGGAACUUUCUAUGUUUGGGGUUCAAUAAGUAAUAAUUAAAAAUUAACUUUUUAAUAGGUCCAUAUGUAGCUGCUUGGAUGAGAGAAAAAGAUAAAGGAGUGACAUUAAACUUUAUGGCAAUUAUCUUUCCAAUUCUAGGAGUGAUAACAAUGUCUGUUCUAUCAUUUGGAAUAAAGAUAGCAGAAAGAGUUGGAUUCAAAAUUACAAUAGGAAUAGGAUCAUUCACAAUAGCACUUGCUUUUUUGAUUAUCUCAUUUAUCUAAGAGAUAGGAGGAUUCAUAGCAGUAUAUUGUAUCAUGGUUGGAAUAUCUGGUGGUUUAUUAUACAUGCUACCAAUUAUAUGUGGAUGGAGAUACUUUCCUAAUAGAAGAGGAUUAGUAUCAGGAAUGACAAUUGGAGGAUAUGGAUUUGGAUCGUUUAUCUUUAAUUUUGUGUGUAAAGCAAUAGCAAAUCCAAACAAUCUAAAACCUACAGUAAUAGAAAAUGAAGAUGGAAAAGAUGUGAAAUACUUUGAUAAUGAAGUAGGAAAUAAUGUUCCAUUAAUGUUAUAAGUCUUGGCUGCCAGUUAUCUUGGAUUGGGUAUAAUAGCUACCAUUAUGAUUAAAUUCCCAUCUGAAAUAGAUCCUGAUAAAAUGUUAGCUACUUUAGAUGCAGAAGAACAAAAAAAAAGAAAAGAAGGUGCUCCUGCUCCUCCUCCUCCAGUUUUACCAGCCCAUAAGGAAUGUGUAGAAGUGUAAGAUAUUUUAUUAAUCUUUAUAGUUCUAGAGGAAUUAAACAUCCAUCUUUUGUGAUUCUAUAAUUAAUUGUUUUAAUGUCUUGCACAUUUGGUAUGUUGAUAUCAAAUUGUUAUAAAUAUUAUGGCUUAGAAUUGGGAAUAGAUGAUGCUACUUUGACAGCAACAGGAUCAGUUGCAGGAGUUAUGAAUGGAUCAUCAAGAUUCUUUUGGGCUACUUUGACAGACAAAACAUCAUAUAAAUUCACAUUUACUCUGAUAUCAAUUCUUAAUCUAAUUACUACUGCAAUAUUACCAUAUAAUAAAGAUGGUAUUGGUUAUCUACUUUUAAUUGCUGUUGUUUAUUUAGCUGAAGGUGGACUUUUAGCUACAUAUCCAGUUAUUUGUGCUAAAAUUUAUGGAAAGAAGAUUGGAGGUUUAAUGUAUGGAUUCAUGUUUUUCUUUGUUGGAGUUUCAAAUAUGAUUGGAUAUAUUUUAUAUGCCUUUGCUAGAAAAUAAAUAAAAUGGGAAGGAGUGUUUUGGAUUUGUUUUGCAUUAAAUGUUAUUGGAAUUUUUUUAGGACUUAUUCUUAAGGAAGUAGGAUAUGAUUGGAGAGAUUAAUCAGUUAUUGAUGCAGAAAAAGACAAAGAAUUAUAAAACUAAGCUUAAUUGACUGCACAUCAAAAUUGAAUUAAUAUUUCUAUUUACAUUACU